AUAAUUCCACAAAAUCCAAAUCCUUCUUUGAAGCGCACCAAUUUCCACAGAUUCUUCUCCACUUUCCAUUUCCCCAACCUCCUCAAUCCUCAUUUUGCCAUCUCCUCCCACUCUCCAUUGACAACCACCUCCGAUUACAGUGCUCUAAUGGCGGUAGCCUCCGCCACGACCCUCUUUUUCUCCCCAUUUCCCACCUCUUCUAACCAACCCCACCAUCGCCAUCGCCGUCCCGAUGCUUUUACCCUCCGACCCUCUUCAAUUUCCACCCCCAAUUUCCUUCCCCAACUUUCCUUUUCCCUCAAUUCCUCACCGAUUCCCCGCCGCCGUCGAUUUUCGGCUGAGGCUUCUAUUGGAGACAGCGAGAGUGGCGGUUCGACCUCUACCUCGGAUGACGACGGCCUUGUCGGCGAGGACGCUGCUGUUUUUAAUCUUUCCGAGCAGAAAUUGGCGUCGUGGGUUUAUUUCACUGUGAUUUUGGGGGUUGUUCUGUUCGUGUUGAAUGUUGUUUGGAUUGAUAAUUCUGCUGGGGGAGUUGGGAAGGCCUUUGUGGAUGCUGUUUCUGGACUUUCGGAUAGUCACGAGGUUGUGAUGUUGGCCCUUAUUUUCAUUUUUGCUGUUGUCCACAGUGGUUUGGCUAGUCUCCGAGAUCAGGGCGAGAAGCUCGUUGGAGAACGAGCUUUUCGGGUUCUGUUUGCAGGAGUUUCUCUUCCAUUGGCUGUCAGCACUGUGGUGUACUUCAUUAACCAUCGAUAUGACGGGGUACAGUUAUGGCAGCUCCACAGCAUUCCCGGAUUGCAUCAACUCGUGUGGCUCAGUUCGUUUAUCUCCUUCUUCUUCCUAUAUCCUUCUACUUUUAAUCUGCUAGAGGUCGCUGCAGUCGAUAAACCGAAAAUGCACCUUUGGGAAACAGGCAUCAUGAGAAUAACUAGGCAUCCACAGAUGGUUGGACAGGUGAUCUGGUGCCUUGCUCACACAGUCUGGAUUGGGAACUCAGUUGCAGUAGCAGCUUCCAUUGGGUUGAUAGGACAUCAUCUGUUCGGGGUAUGGAACGGGGACAGGAGGCUAGCAAAGCGAUACGGGGCAGAUUUUGAAGCAGUGAAAAGGCGAACGAGCGUCGUUCCAUUUGCUGCCAUUCUGGAUGGUCGUCAAAAGUUACCCGACGACUACUACAAGGAGUUCAUUCGCUUGCCAUAUCUAUCAAUCACUGCACUGACCAUAGGUGCCUACCUUGCCCACCCUCUCAUGCAAGCUGCAAGCUUCAGGCUUCAUUGGUAGACUUUAUUUCUAUGCAGCCGACUCUCUUGUAUUAGAACUUUACAUCACUGUAUAAACUAAGGCACCAAUGGUAGAGAAAUUUGAUCCCUUA